UUUUUUUUUCUUUUUUUUUUUAACUUACAUUGAUAAUGGCAGCCAAGUCAUCUACAGAAACAUCACAGCAAAAAAUAUCAGAAAAGAAAAAAUCCUCACUUCUCAGUCAAGGACUUAUUGCUCUUUCUUGGUCUCUUUUAUUUUUCUUUUUAGGAUCUUAUAUAAUUACAGAAACUUGGUUUUGGGGAUAUCGUGGCAAAUGGACAAACAUUAAUACUUACAUUCCUCGUAAAGAAAGGAUCUUUACAGAAAAGGAAUUAUUACAAUUUGAUGGUACAGAUCCCAAAAAGCCCAUCUAUUUAGCCAUAGAUGGAGAUGUUUAUGAUGUUACAACAGGAAGUGGUUGGUAUGGUAAAGGAGGAAGUUAUCAUCAUUUUGCUGGUAGAGAUGCUGCUAGAGCAUAUGUAACUGGAUGUUUUAAAGAUCAUUUAACACACGACUUGAGAGGAUUAAGUGUAGAACAAUUAAAAGGAGUUGAACAUUGGAAAAAGUUUUAUGAAAAACAUCACAAAUAUCAUAAAAUUGGACGUGUUUUGCAUGAUCCUAUACCAGAAGAUAAACCUAUACCUAAACCUUGUAAAUCUGCAGUUAACCAAAAACCAUAAAAAAAAAAAAAAUGCAGUCUAUAAAAUAAAAAAUUCUGUUUGUUU